GUGGCCCCUAUGCUAUUGCGCUCACAAAGAUCCCACCUCUUAAGGUCCCCAAAACACCGUACAUACCCCCUGAUCCUCUUCCAAACCCGAACAAGACAGAGUCGGAGCCAGAGCCAGAGAAGACACGAUGGCAACGCUUCAAGUCUUCGGCGGCGGCCCUACGACAACGCGGCAGAAAGCUCUUGAAGACGCCAGAAAAAUGGAAGAGGCAGUCCAAGAAGAGUGCGCAAAGUCAGGAAAGCCUCCACCAGGCUACAGACUCACCGAAUUGAUCGGCAAAGGGAGCUUCGGUCGCGUGUACAAAGCUAAUGACCUGCGGACCGCUCAAGUUGUAGCUGUCAAGAUCAUCGACGUUGACGAGAGUGAUACGUUGAACCCGAAACUCGCGGAUACUUACAGCGAGAUUCUCAAAGAAAUUAACGCCCUACAUCGUCUGAGCCAGUCUGGCGCGCAAAACAUCAAUCAUGUGAUCGAGGCCCUUCCUGUGGGCAAAGCUAUGUGGAUGGUUACUGAAUAUUGUGCUGGAGGAAGUGUUGCUACUCUGAUGAAACCGACUGCACCCGGCGGGUUGCAGGAAAAGUGGAUAAUUCCUAUUCUGCGUGAGGUUGCGGUAGCAAUUUACUGGGUUCAUAAGGAGGGGAUUAUUCAUCGUGAUAUUAAGUGUGCUAAUGUCUUAGUUACCGAAACUGGAGCGGUUCAGCUCUGCGAUUUUGGUGUUGCCGGUAUGAUGGAAACGAAGCUGGACAAGCGAUCGACCUUCAUCGGUACGCCGCAUUGGAUGGCUCCCGAAUUGUUUGACCAGAAUGCCCAGUACGGAACGGAGGUCGACAUAUGGGCCUUCGGUUCCAUGGUAUACGAAAUUGCCUCGGGGUUACCGCCCAAUGUUAGAGCCAACGUAGGCCUCCCCCAACUUGGAGAUUACCUUAGAGAACAUCUGCCGCGCCUUGACGGAGAUCAGUACUCAGACCAGCUUAAAGAUCUCGUCGCUUUUUGUCUCGAAGAAAACCCUUCCAAACGUCCUUCCAUUGAACGAGUCCAACAACAUCCGUAUAUCUUCAACACCAGUUCUAGAUAUCCUGCUUCAUCCCUUUCAAACCUCGUAAAAGCCUUUAAGCUCUGGGAAGAGCGUGGCGGCAGUAGGAAGUCUCUCUUUGGUGCUGGAGGCGCGCAAGCUCCAACCGAUCUAGGCUCGACUUCGUUAGCGACGGACGAGUGGAACUUCUCUACCACCCUCGCUUUUGACGAACAACUCCAUGAUGACUCUGACGGUAGAUCCGACGCCGAGGCUGUCCGUGAUGUCUAUGGUUCGGCCGUCGAUUUCCCCAGCACAUUUGGUGAAGAUACUGCACGACCGAAGGCUUUAGUCAAGGGCCGACGUCGACCACCUCCACAAGCCCUAGCGGCAACGAAAGUCAAAGCCCCCCUUGAAAAAGUCUUUGAUCCAAACACCAUAUCCAAUUACGAUGAAAACUCUCGCAUGUACUACGGCCGACUUGCACCACCAUCAGAACCACCAAUGACGAAUGAGCUUCCUGCAUCUGACCUCCCACUACGUGAUGACUCACUCCACGCAACACUUCGUGAGUCGUUAAUCGACCUUGACGCGUCUCUUGGCGGUGGUGAUCUCUCAAACUUCGUUGACAUGGGCACGAUAAGGCCGGGCCCACAACCACAACCGCAGCCACCACAGCCAAGACCAGGACCACGAGCUUCAAUGGACAAUAACUGGUCUUUCUCGUCAGCUACCGAAUCUUCUACGCAUGACAGAGCGCCACUCAGCGACCCCGCGGAUAUGAACGGCCGACACAACGCUCCAGACUGGUCAUGGCCUACCAGCAUCCCUCCGGCCUCCGCCAACCCCGAGAUUUCCCAUUUCACAUUCAACGAAGACCGCACCCCCGAUAUCUUCCCCGAAGGGCGCCCGCGACUCCAGCACCAUCCCACGGAGCCCAUCGGCCUACCGUCCCAGGGGUAUGACGUGCAGAGCACGAGCACGUCGAACGACCGCAUGUCGAUGACGAGCCUCAUCGACCUGGACAUGAGCAUGCCGGAGCCGAACCUGCCGGAGCUCACGCGGCCCUCGACGGCGAACUCGGACGGGUCCGAGUUCUCCACCCAGAUCAGCAGCAAGAUCGCCGACGUGACCGAGGUCCAGGUGCACCCGCAUGACCCGAUGAUGGCGGGACAGCAGCCGCACCAGCACCAGCACCAGCAGACGGGCAGCGACUACACGAUCGCGUCGUCCGAGACGUAUGUUAACGACCCGCGCGCCGACGGCUCGCACUCCCACCUCCCGCCCAUACCGCCGCCGUCCGGAAGCGUCAUGGAGGCGCGCGCUACGGCUGGCGACGUGGCGAAUGAGAUGAGGCGUCUUAUUGGGAGCUUGGGGGAUCACUUGUCGAUUAUUGGGGAGCAGGUCGCUACUAUGGAGCCUAGGAGGGCGGGGAGGAGUUAUGAGGGUGCUGAGUAGUCUUGCUGGUGGUGUGGUUGGGGAAGGGAGGAGUGGUGGAGGUGGAGG